GGGAACAGCGAAUGCAACUUCAGCGCGCGAGCGCGAAUGACAACAACAUGGGUUUGUAGUUCGACUGCACUGAGCUGAGCUGAAAUGAAUUGAAUGACGGCUUAUGUCAAACAGCUGAUUAAUCAUGUCGAUGGACAUUCGAUCCUUCUUCGGCAGCCCGGGAAGGGGUAGUUCAGCUAAGCAGAGCAAUGGCAAGGGUAAGAGGAAGCAUGAUGAUGAUGACGGAGACUUUGUGCAGAGUGAGAAGAAGCAACGCCACUCGGCCAAAUCAAUGAAGAAAUCCAACAUCAUUUAUGACUCUGACUCGGACGAUGAACCACCAAAAACCAAGACCCCCGUGAAGCCAGCUGAUUCAAAGACCAGUAAGGGACAGGCCAAGCUGCCUCAGCCGACCCCAGAGAAGAAGAAACCCACCUCAGUGAUAGAUUUCUUUGGGAGCUCACCGGUCCAGAGGUCGGCAAAGAAAUCCACAAGGAAAGAUCAGCCAAUCCGGAAUGGAGGAUCCAAGAAACCAAAGCUUGAGAAGGAGGAGCAUGAUGACGAUGACUUUGAAGCCACCCUCAGAAUGAUGGAUGAAGACAAGUCACCUCCUAAAGAAGACAAAAAAGGUAAGGGUAAAGGGCUUGCAAGCAAAUUGGCAGCUAAGGUGAAGGCGGGUAGCCUUGUUCCAGAAACACCGGACAGAGAGAAACCCAAAGAGAGGCCAAGAUCUGUGGAAACGACAAUCAAGGAUACUCCAUUAAGCGGCAGACAGCAGAGCAGGAUAUCAGCAAAGGAAGGCAAAAAAGCAAGUCCGGAGAAGAGAGUGACCCGGUCAACCCCAACCAAAGCCACACCCAGUAGGCCGCCACAUAUAAAGUCUACCACCAAAGCAAAACUGGAAAUUUCAUCCCCUCCUAAGAAGAAGGAAGAGGUCACAACCAGCCCCCCUGCUGGUGAGGGGGAGAAGAAGAGGGGCAAUGCUGGCUACAGGAGCUAUCUGAAUCGGGAGGGGCCGAGGUCGUUGGGGUCAAGAGAGGAGCCAAAGGGUGCGGAUGGCUGUUUGUCGGGUUUAACCUUUGUGGUCACUGGAGUAAUAGAAUGCUUUGACAAAGAUCAGAUCAAGGCGAUGAUCGAGCAGUACGGCGGAAGACUCACCGGUAGCAUCAGCAAGAAGACAAACUAUCUUGUGAUUGGCCGAGAACCGGGAGAGUCCAAGGUUGCAAAGGCUCAAGAGUUCAGAACCAAGCAGAUCCAAGAGGAAGAACUCUAUGACCUGAUAGAAUCCAGACCGGGGAAAGGAGGGUCAAAGGUCAAAGAUCAGCAGCCUGUAAAGAAGCAACAAGAAGCACAGCCAGAGAGAAAGACAAGCAAACCUGACACACCUAUUUCUAAAUCAUCACCCAAGGAUAUCACACUAAAGAAGGAACCAUCAUCAUCAUCCUUCUAUUCAAAGUCAUCAUCAUCAUCCUCUUCAUCAUCGUUGUCAUCCAGUACUAGUCAAAGUUCAAAGCCAGUAUCAGGGGGUGACAAAUCAGCAGCCGGGAACCUGAUGUGGGUUGAUAAGUACAAACCAGUCCAUACGAAGAACAUCAUCGGACAACAGGGAGAUAAGAGCAAUGCCAAGAAACUACUCAACUGGCUCAGGAGGUGGAAUGAUAAUAACUAUGGCAACAACAAGGAAAAAGCUAAAUUUAACCGAGACGAUGGAUAUGCAUUCAAGGCAGCUCUCCUGUCUGGCCCUCCAGGUGUGGGUAAAACAACGACAGCAACUCUGGUUUGCCAGGAACUUGACUUUUCUUACAUUGAACAAAAUGCGAGUGAUUCAAGAGGAAAGAAGUCUGCCAGUUUACAGGGAGGUAUCGCUGAGUCGCUUGACAACCAGUCGAUCUCAGACAUGUUCAAGAAGGGCUGUGGAAAGAAGACGACGGACGAGGCCUACAAGCAUUGUCUUAUCAUGGAUGAGGUGGAUGGUGUGGCGGGGAACGAAGACAGAGGAGGUAUUCAGGAGCUUAUCCAGAUGAUAAAAACUACAAGAACACCGAUUAUCUGCAUCUGUAAUGAUCGUAGUCAUCCUAAGAUCAGAUCUCUAGUGAAUUACUGCUUCGACCUGAGAUUUGCAAGACCAAGAAUUCCUCAGAUAAAGGCUGCCAUGAUGUCGAUAGCAUUCAAGGAAGGUUUAUCUCUCCCAGCUGCCUCUCUGGAUGGGAUGAUUAUGGCUGCUAACCAGGAUGUCCGACAGGUGUUACAUAAUCUGAGUAUGUGGAGUGCAGGACAAAAGAAGAUGGAUGCACAACAGAUGAAUAUAGAUGCCAAGAAUGCAAAGAAAGAUCUCAAGUUGGGUCCAUGGGACGUAGCCAGGCAAGUGUUCUCAUCUAAAGACCUCAAGACGAUGAGCUUCAACGAGAAGAUGGACCUGUUCUUCCACGAUUACUCCAUCGCUGGACUCUUUGUGCAGGAGAAUUAUCUCAGUGUAAUCCCAGACGAAGGAAGAGGAGACAUCAAAAAGCAUUUAGAUUUAGUGAGUAAAGCAGCUGACAGCAUGUGCCAAAGUGACUUAGUGGAGAAAGCCAUAAGAUCGAGAAGUGCUUGGAGAUUACUACCAACACAGGCCGUCUUUGCCAGCGUGAUCCCGGGCACGACUAUGCAAGGCUACAUGGGCAGCAUGAUCAAUUUCCCCGGCUGGCUUGGCAAGAACUCUACAAGAGGAAAGAACUUCAGACUAUUACAAGAAUUGCAAGUUCAUAUGCGAAAAAGCGCAUCGGUUUCGAUCCAAAGCUUGAACCAGGAGUACCUGCCCCGCCUACGCAGGUUCCUGACACAACCCCUGAUAGAGAGGGAGGCAGACGGGGUGCCGGAUACAGUCAACUUGAUGAACAGCUACGAUCUGCUCAGAGAGGACUUUGACAGCCUGUUAGAAGUGACGCAAUAUUCUGGCUUCAAUGCUCCUAUGGGCAAAGUGGCUCCGAAGGUCAAAGCUGCCUUCACCAGAAUGUACAACAAGGAGGCGCAUGCAACACCCUACAUGCAGGAAACAGGGAGUAAGAAGAAGAGAGGAAAGGGAGGAGGAGGGGCAGCAGGAACAGAAGAUGGUCUCUUGAAAGUAGAAGGCGAGGACGAUGAGGGAACACAGGAGGAAGAGGGUAGCGAUGACGACGAUGUCAGUGCACUGCGGGCAAAGCCAAAAGGUGGAGGGGCCAAAGGUCGUGGAGCGGGGUCAAAGGGCAAAGCACCUGCCAAAGGGAAAGCCCCCGUCAAAGGGAAAGGAAGAGGAAGAUCAAAGUGAAACAAUUGUAUUUUCAGUUUGUGAACUGAACAUAGAGACUGAAAUGCUAUCGGACAACUGUAUAUGUACAAUGUGCCUUCAGAUCGAGGUAGCCAUAUUGUUUGGAAUGCCAAAAUAUUUUCUGAAUAUGGAAAAGGACAUAUCAGUGACACAAAAAGCAGUCUACAAGUGAUUUUUCCCCCUUAUCCAGGUGGAUGUUUCAUGAAAGUUGUC